GCUAUUUUUUGGUGCACAAGUUAUGAGAAGCUCAACAGAAAGACUUCAGCAAUGGCAGAGCAGAAGUUUAACAGCACACCAUUCAAUCUAAAACCUAAAAAGCGAUGCCAGUCAGAAGGUAAGCUAAGCUUUUCAAAUACGUGCAUCAGCAAAAGAUAUUUUCAAACUCACGCUGUAGACCAUGUAGAUGAACAUCACAAUUAAUAACUAUAGGAGAUGUUUUACUGUACAAAGUAUAUGACUGCUGACACCAACAUCUUUGUGUUUUUAUCAUUUCAAGCAAUGUUUUUUCUUUUAAUGUUUUUUGUCUGCAUUAUUAAUAAAUGUAAAUAAAAACUACCUAAACCAAGACAAGUAAGAGGAUGAGAUACUAAAAGUGCUUCGGUAUUUACACUCAGUAGCUCAGGAACAGAGCAGGAGGGAAAAGCAAGAGAAAGAAAGAGAGCCAGGGACAACAACAUCACAUUAGAAAGUUAAAACGAAGGAAAACAGCCUGUUUGAAGAAAUGAACAUGAAAAAUAAAGAAACUAAACAAACUUCUGACACAAAUGGUUACCCUUUAAGUCUUUCAGUACGAAGGCAGGAAGAAAAUUUAUAUGAAGAAAUGAACGUGAAAAACAAAGGAACUGAACAACCAUCUGACACAAAUGAUAAGCAGUGUGCAUGUAUAAAAUCUUGUACAUCAAUAACCAUUUGCUGGGGUAUUCUGUUACUGAUCAUGGCCCUUCACAUCUAUUUUACCACAUUGUUAAUUCAUAAGAACAAAGACUUAUUGAGGAGUCAACUCAACUGGACGAACACCUCCACUGCCUUUGAAACACAGAUCAGAGACCUCAUUGCAGAAAACCAGAACCUAACAGAACAAAUAAAACUCAUGAAGAUGGAGCUCAAUCUUGGUCCAGAAAAGGCAUGCAAAGCUUGUCAGGAGGGCUGGCUUACCUUUGAGUCAAACUGCUAUGCAAUUAAUGAUGCUGAACCUCAUGAGCAGAAAACCUGGAAAGAAGCUCGAGAAAACUGCAAAGGAAAGAUUUCUGAAUUGGCUGUUGUAAUUAAUGCCGCAGAAAAGAAAUAUAUCAGUGACAAAAGCUGGAAGAGUUCAGGAGAAAAUGGAUACUGGAUUGGUCUGAGAGCUGAAGGUGGGAAAUGGACAUGGGUGGAUGGAAGUUAUCUGACUGAUAACUCCUGGAUUCAGCAGCCUCCUUCUGAUGGUCUCUGUGUAAUUUCUGUCCAAAACGAAGGAUUUAAAUCAGUGAACUGUGACCAGAAGAAACAAUGGAUUUGUAAAAAGAGACUCUAAGUAUUUGAAUUACCGCAGAUAGACUUCAGAAGACUUUUGUAAUCUCUGUAAAUAUAAUUGCAUAUUUGCAAAUAGCUCAUUUGGCAAUCCGGUAGAAAGUUGACUCCCUUCGUUAUUCCCUUCUGGGCCGCCCUUUCACCCUCUAUUCACUAGAGGUCCAUUAUCUAUGAGCAAAUGGCUCAAGGCUGUUUUGAUAACAUGACAAAAGCAUGCUAAGAGGGCCUUGUGACUGAUCAGCAGAUAUCAUGAGCUGACAAGGGCAGGAAAUAUGUCUUUUAAACCAAUACUUUACAUUGACUGGCAUACACGCAUUACAGUGAUACAUGCAUGGUUUUACUACUGACUUCAGUCAUCAUGAUAAUUCAUAUUUCAGUCUGCAAACAGGUUCAUCUUUAGAAAAAUGCUUUUUGCCAUUGUGGUUUACAAAAGAUUUGCAAUUGUUUUAAAACGUCAAUUGUUUCAGAGGCUGGAUCAGAGGCUAAUUUUUCCCACAGAGAUCAUAACAACUGCUCUGCAACCAGACCUCGUCCUUUGGUCUAACUCCCAAAAACAUGCGUACGUCAUUGAACUGACGGUACCAUGGAAGGGAGUAAUUCAGGAAGCAUUUGAACGUAAGAAGCUGUGGUAUGCCAACUUGGCAGGCAGAGGACAGAGCCUGGAAGAUCAAGGUGCACCUGGUGGAAGUGGGGUGCAGGGGCUUUGUUGCCAGUACAACAGCAAAACUGCUUAGAGAGAUUGGGUUCAGAGGACAGGCACAAUGGCAGGCUAUAAGAGAAUUAGCUAACACUGCAGAGAGGACCAGUCACUGGCUAUGGCUAAAAAGGGCUGACAUCACUUGGGCAGCUAAGGCAGUCAGCUAACCGCUCUUCUCCCCUCUGCUCUUCUUCCCUUUUCCUGGGAGGCAGUGGGGAGGUGUAGGCAGCCAGAUCGGGCGCCCCCCUUCUGGCUCUCCUCUCUGCUCUUUCCUGUCUUGUCCCUUUUGUCUUACUUCUCUCUAUCACCUUUUCUAUCCAUUUAAAGAAGUGAGGCUCUGUCAGGGUUAUAUUUUAUGAUUGUCAUUUGUACUUAGAAAUAUAUAAUCAUUUAUGCUUAGAGGUAUAAAAUCGCUUGCAUAUUGAUAAAAUGUCUCAUCCUUAGUAGGUCUUUAAGACUCUGUGUACCAUGAGAUGAGAGUACGUUCACUCCUUUUCCAGAGUGUUCUGGCAUAGCACACACAUCCUAAGGUCACGACAGAGGUCGUAUCUUCUCUUUCUCGUAUAUGGUAUGGCAAACACAUCUGUAUCUGUUUAGGUAUAAGAGCCUUUUGUUUAGGUGAACUGCUGGACUCCCUGGCCCAGCUAUCUGGGGAGUCAUUCACAGGGUCACAUUUUGACACACGCACACACACACACGUACACACACACGCAUACAUACACACACCCAUGUACACACAUACACCCACAUACAUACACAUACACACGCAUACCUACAAAUACACACAGACUGGUACUAUUUGUUUACACACAUGCCUGUUUAAGAUGUCAUAUGUUAAUGAAACUGCAUAUUCAUGUAACCACAAUAAAGAGCGGUGCUACGGAGGUGCUGACCGAGAGUGACGGGGUUCAAGCGGCAGGAACAGCGCUCGGUCUCGGUCACCUCCCUCGUGCACGAGAUCACACAAAGA